AUGACUCUCGUCAACGAGCCGGAGCCCGUAUACUGGAAUCCAGUCAAGGCUUGCCUACUUAUCCUGUCAUUGACCACCCACUACAUUUGCGAACUACUUUUCAUUGUCGGUUCAGGCGUCUAUGCCCGCGACAUUGCCGAGGUGGUUGGAGGAGCAGAAAUCUCAUCAUGGUGCAUUUCCGCCGUCACCAUCCUGACCGCUGCCUUUGCUCCACCAAUUGCUCAGGCGGCAGAUUUCUGGGGUCGGAAAUGGCUACUGGUUGUUCCCACGUUCCUGGGCUUCAUUGGCAGCAUCGUCGUCGCCACGGCACAGUCCAUGCAGGUUGCCAUCAUUGGCUUUGCCAUCGGCGGUGCCUCCUUCGGGGCCCAGCCCCUCGUGCAUGCCGUGGCCUCGGAGGUUCUGCCACGAAGGCAUCGACCCUACGCACAAUCGACCGUCAACAGCUCUAUCGGGGUAGGGGCAAUCAUCGCCCUGACCUUUGGCGAAAAGAUUCGUGCUCUGGACUGGAUAGGAUUUCUCUUGUUCAAUGCAGGCCUCGUGACGUUUUGUGUUGGCCUUUCAUACUCUCAGAAUCCAUUCCCCUGGACCAACGCUCACCUUCUGGCACCUUUUUUAACUGGGGUUGGGAUUCUCGCGGCGCUCGUUCUGUACGAGGUCAAGUUCAAGAAGGAUGGCCUCUUCCACCAUGGCUUGUUUCAGCACCGAAACUUCCCUAUCGCUGUGACUGCCGUAGCGAUCGAGGGUCUGGUCUUUGUGGCAGCCAGCAACUAUUACCCUUUUGAGAUGGCCACGGUCCUUGCUGGAAGGAUAUCUAGCUUCCGGGUGGCGGUAUGCUUUGCGGUCGCCUUCGUGGCACUUUUUGCCAUCGCGAAUGUCGUGGGGGCCUAUAUUCACAGGACGAAGACCGUCCGGGGACCCGCAAUGGCAUCCUUUGUCGGCUUUAUCAUCUUCGGUGCCGCCUCUGCCAGCAUCAAGAGCUCGACGCCUGAGGCGCAUUUCUGGGGCUUCGUCAUCUUCUACGGCAUUGGGUUAGGGACCUGUCUCAUCACCCUUCUUACAACGGCUCAACUCGCAACCCCGCCCGAGCUGAUCUCGAUCACGUCGGGACUAAUGGCUUCGAUGCGUUCCUUCGGUGGCGCAGUUGGCGUCGCCAUCCAACUGGCCAUCUUCAAUAGCGGUCUGAACUCGAAUCUCGUGCCUCAAGUCACAGCUGCCGUGGAGCCCUUGGGCCUGAGCGCAACGUCGAUCGGACCUCUGAUUGCCGCUUUGGACACGGAGAACCGCACGCUCAUCCAAGCAGUCCCGGGGGUGAAUCAAGAGAUUAUCGAGGCGGCCGAGGCUGCCAGGACUGAUGCCUUUGUCCUCGGCUUCCGCGAUGUGUGGAUCAGUGUUGCAGCAUUCGCUGCAUUUGGGAUUUUCAUUUGCUACUUUGUUGAAAAUCCCAAAACUGAGUUUAACUCUAAAAUCGACGCACCCCUCGAAGGUACUGCUCGUGUCCGUGAGCUCGAAAAGCCGCACGUCAGUAUCCGCGACGACGCUUCGCCCGCCGCCAUGAGCGCGGUAUCGGAAUAG